UAUGUAUUCUAUGUCGAGUAGGUAAUGUUGAAAGAAUAAAACUCGUCGUAUUAUACGUUAAAAAUAUAUACAAUAUAUUACAUGGUGUUAAGGGGAAAGUGUAGGUAGACGUUUAGAAUAAGAUCUAAGAAAUUGAAAAAUGAUAACACUGUCCUCAGAUUAUACGUUAAGUAAUUCCCAGAUUAUCAAAAAUCGGUUUAAGUUAAUUAAUGAAUGGAAACCGCAACGUGAAGUUUGGUCUUUAAAAUAUGGAGAUUUUAUAAUAGCAGGGAUGGCUGGUAUUAACGGGACAGUAAUUAAUUCAAUGUUUAGACAAAAAUUAAAAUUACGUCAUCAUGGUUGGACAUUUACUAUGCUAUUUAUAUCAACAGGAUCAGCACUUUCUGCAUAUUUUUGUCAUAAAUCUUUUAUUACAGAAAAUCUGCUAUUAUUUCGACCUAAUUGUAUAACGUGUCAAGAAUUGAGAGCAUCUGCAUUCCUUGAGAGUAAUGCAUUACUAUAUUCCUUAAUAGUAGCUCCAACAAUAAAUCUUGCUAUUGCUGGAAGUAUAGGAUAUAGAAUUCCAUAUAUAUAUGAAGUAAACGAACUUCUGAAAUUCUGGUGGAAUGUUGUCAGACCUCAAGCUAGAGCCUUAUCAUUUUUAUUCCUCUGUAAUAUGGUUGUAACUAGCACAGUGACCUACUCGCAAGCAACAUCAAUGGAAAACAUAACAAAUACUAUAUUAAAGAUUCAUAAAUACAUAGAAAAUAGAAAGGAUACUAAACUGUCAGAUAAAAACUCACUUCCUUAAUGAUACUAAAUGUAUUGUAUAGUAAAACGUUAAGAGCAAUAAAUUAAUUCGUAUAAUUAAUCAGUCUGUAUGGAAUAAUUUUAUAAAACUUAUUCAUUUACAAAAUGUAUAACAAAUUUUAGUAGAAUUUAAUUAUUUAUUUAAGUAUUAAAUUAGACUGUAUAUAUCACAAAAA